AUGAGUCGCAAGCUAUUACUUAUUAAUGGUCCCAACUUGAACUUGCUCGGUACAAGAGAACCCGAGAAGUAUGGUUCAUCAUCACUCAAAGAUAUAGAGAACAGAUCAAAAGAUGUCGUUCGCGAAGUAAUCGCAGCCAAAGAGAAAGAUAUAGAAGAGAUAUUGUACACUUAUCAGUCAAAUCAUGAAGGAGAUAUCGUAGAUCGCAUACAAAAAGCAAGAGAGGAGGAAGUUGGUUUCAUAGUAAUCAACGCUGGAGCAUUCACUCAUACUUCAGUUGCAAUAAGAGAUGCUUUACUCGCUGUUGAUAUACCUUUCAUCGAGCUUCAUAUUACAAAUGUUCAUAAAAGAGAAGCCUUUCGUCACACUUCUCUUCUCGCAGACAAAGCUGUGGCUGUCAUCAGUGGCUUGGGUGUAUAUGGUUAUGAAGCUAGCUUGAUAUUCGCCUCCAAUUACGUGAAAUGA